AUGGUUCAUAAUGUUCUAAAAGCAAGUAGAUUUCUCUGUCAACCAAGAGAAGCCCUUGCUUUGACCAUUGUCUUUAGUGGUAACAUAUGUCAAUCAGCACUUGACUCAAUGAAAGAAAUCAAUUCUCAAGUGGCUUCUAGUUUGUGUACUCUUGCCUCCAGCAGGGAACCCUGCAUCACUAAUUCUCUCUCGGUCAAUGAAAACCCAAACACCUCAUCUUUAAGUGUACAGUCUACCCCUGAAAUUGAAAAGAAGUAUGUCCAUCAUGUUUAUGAUGCUAUUGCUCCCCAUUUCAGUUCCACCCGGUUUGCCAAGUGGCCAAAGGUAGCUACAUUUUUGUCUUCUUUGCCUUCAGGAUCUCUUGUUCUGGAUGCAGGAUGUGGCAAUGGGAAAUACUUAGGCUUAAAUCGUGAUUGCUUUUUUAUAGGAUGCGAUAUAAGUCCUUCCUUAAUUAAAAUAUGUGCAGAUAGAGGGCAUGAAGUUAUGGUUGCAGAUGCUGUGAAUCUUCCUUAUAAAACUGGUUUUGGUGAUGCAGCAAUAUCUAUAGCUGUGUUACAUCAUUUAAGUACUGAAAAUAGAAGGAGAAAAGCAAUAGAAGAAUUAGUCCGAAUUGUUAAAAAGGGUGGCCUCGUUCUGAUUACGGUUUGGGCAGUAGAACAAGAGGAUAGGUCGCUGAUUACCAAAUGGACUCCACUUAUACCGAAGUAUGUUGAAGAGUGGAUAGGGCCAGGAAGUCCUCGUGCUCGGACCCCUUCCUCCACAUCUUUAGAAAGUAUUCCAGAAAGUGAGGAAAGUAGCUCAGGUGAGCACAUGAAAGUUUUCAAUGAGUGUUCCACUAAGAAAUUUCAGGAAACUUCGGGUCUAAGUAAUCAGGCUCAACAUUAUUCAGGCGAUUUGAAUGACGAAAAGAAUAUUGAGAAUCAACAGGAAUAUUUUGUUCCUUGGCAUUUACCUUAUCAUCGUGCUGAAAUUUCCAGUGCUUCUGCUCAGGCUCUUGCUAAUGGUCUGGCAACUAAAGAUGACAAAAAGGGUGCUGUAGUCUACAACAGAUAUUACCAUGUUUUUAGUGAAGGCGAGCUUGAAAGGUUGGCAUCUGAAAUAAGCAAUGCCAAAGUUGUUGAUCGGUUUUUUGACAAAUCCAACUGGUGUAUUAUUCUUGAGAAGGUAUUGUGACCAAGAGAAGACUAGCUGGUCUGUCAGGAGCCUAAAUAUGUUAUGCUGUUGCUGAUUAGCAAUGGCUUAUGCUGGGCAAAUUUUUUCAAGAGAAGCAAAAUUUGAAUACAAUUUUUUUUUUUACUGUUCCACAGUAAUUUUGAUUUUUGAAGAUGUUUCCUGGCUUCUUUUAUGCUGAAGGCGCUCGAUCUUGUUGCCUAGCAGAUAAUUCAUGUCUGUGUGACUUAUAAAGGGAGAGGUUGCUCAUCUUUGCUUGUAGUGUUUGUUAAGAACACUGAUUGGG